AUGGUCAGCAUGGGGUCUCUCCCCGCGCGAGUGGGGGGAGGUGCAGUCGGCGCUUCGCGCGGAUACGCCGUCGGCCAGCCUGGAGAUCCUGCUGGCGACCAUUACCGCCACGACCUCCGCCAUUCCGCCGGCCUUGCCGGCCGCCAGAACCUGCCGAGUGAGGACGCGGGGGGGACUGCUCGCGACGCCCCGAAUCCCAGCGACGUCCAGGCGACCCCCUCCCCCUCGUCGCUGGAGAUCACCGCGGAGACCGUUGCGCGGGGGAUCGCGCUCGGGGUGAGCGCUGGCCUGCCCGACCACGAGGAGACGGGUGGCGAGGAGAACGAGGACGCCCAGGGGAUCGCCGAUCGCCCCCACCCCGCGGAUGAGCCUUGCGAUGCUCAGGAGAUGGGCGCCGAGGGGAGGGCUGCCGCGGAGGCUGACGCAGAGGCGAGCGCCCGCGCUCCUGCCGCGGCUGACCGUCCGAGCGGUUCGACGCAACACGCGCAGGGGCUCACGAAUACUCCGGCGAGCCGACGCCAGCGCGCCGACAGAACGAGGACGAGGUGGACGUGGCGCCGCAGGCAGGGCGCGUGGGAGCCGCGGAAGGGAGAGGAACGCGGGGUAUCCGCGUGGGACGCGGCAGAAGCCGCCGCGGACGACGAGGGAAUGGGAGGGGACGAAGAGGUGGAGGAGCGCGCGGCACAAAUCGGCGCCGCACCGGCGCAAGCGAUUAUGCGAGAACUGCUGAAAGGCUAA